AUGGCUUUGGUUCAAGAAUCCGCAAGGUCCGUUGUGACGAAACAUGGCCGACUUGUCAUAACUGUAAACGAACCGGCCCCCUUGACGCUUUCCCACUUCCAACCCUCGAGAAUCAAUAACCUCGACCACGAAGAACAGCAGUGCAUGGAAGCCUUCCGCCGCCGCCUGGUCUAUUGCAUUUUGGAAGACGUCAGCCGACCGUCCUGGAAGGGCCUCAUGCUGCAGGCUGCCCAUGAAGAACCGGCGCUUUUGAAAGCCGUCAUCGCCUUCAGCGUGCUGUGUGAUGCCUUCGACGAGGCUAAGCAGACGAUGACGGUGUGGGAUCCAAAAGCGACAGAGAACAUGGUCCCAAACGGCGACGAACCAUCCAUCAAUGUCGUCUUGUUGUGUACGAUUGUGUGCAUAUGCUUUGAGCUUAUUAUGAACAGUUCCGAGAUCGCGCUCUGUCAUUUGGACCAUAGUCUUCGAGUUCUGAACUCCAAUUCCCAUUGGAUUGAUCAAGAUUUGGCUCUGGCUUUCAUCAGGCUCGACCUGCAGGCCUCCGUGUUUCUUGGCCUACAAUCACGCUUAAUCGCUUCAAAUAGCACCGAAACGGCGGAUCUCAGUCUUAAACAAGUUGUUCAAGACCCAGAGAGCGAGCUUGCCAAUUUAAUGGGCUCAGUGUUCACCUUCCUUCGAAUCAAAGCAGACAACUAUCGCUAUCGAGUCCCUGGAUCCAUCCCACUCGAUCUUUUGUUAGAAGCCAAGUUGCUGGAAGACAAAUUACAUCAAUUCCGAAAACAAUACCUCACGCCCGGGACUACCUCUAACAGAGAUUGGUUGUCUCCCGCUGGGGAAGCGCACCUACGAAUCAAAUGCCUCACGGGCAUCAUUCUCGUAGCCACGUCAUUGUACAGCGAGGAAGCAAUAUACGACCAGUUUACCUGUGAUUUCCUCGCUAUAGUAGACAGCGCAUCCGAAAUACUCAGUCAGGUUCCCAAGAGCCCCAUAUCAGACGGAGGCAGUCCACGCCACCACGUAAAAUUUACUCUCGAUAUGGCCGUCAUACACCCCCUAUAUAUCACUGCCUCGAAAUGCAGAAGCUCGCUCAUUCGCCGGCGGGCAAUUAAACUGCUACACCUAGCACCCAGCCUCGAAGGCUCAUGGGAUGCAAUGGCCUAUGCUAAAAUAGCAGAGCGCCUGAUGCAGUUGGAGGAGGCGUGUUUGGAAGAGCCGCAGCCAACCGAUCCUGCAGUUGUGCCAGAAUGGUGUCGUAUUCAUUCGGCAGAUAUUUAUCCCCAAAGUAAUGGAAAAUCUUUAAAGAUUGUAUUUCGAUUUCGACCUAAUGGUAUGGAUGGGGAGUGGAGCGACUUUUCAGAGACGAUAGCUUGGUGA